AUGCCUACCACCACAUCGGAGACGGUCUCCAUAGUCGAUGACCGUAAGGUCACCGUAGCGCCCCUCGUGCUGCUGUCCGUGGUCGACCACUACAACCGCGCAGCAUCCACAUCAUCCAAGAACAAGCGGGUGGUCGGUGUACUACUGGGUCAAAACGAUGGAAAGGUCGUGCGGGUAUCGAACAGCUUCGCAGUGCCUUUCGAGGAGGACGACAAGGAUCCCUCCGUAUGGUUCCUAGAUCACAACUACGUCGAGUCCAUGAACGAGAUGUUCAAAAAAGUCAACGCACGGGAGAAGUUAAUAGGCUGGUACCACUCUGGCCCCAAGCUGCGCGCCUCCGACCUUAAGAUCAACGAGCUAUUCAAGCGCUAUACGCCCAAUCCCCUAUUGGUCAUCAUCGAUGUACAACCAAAAGAGGCUGGUGUGCCGACCGAUGCAUACUUUGCGGUAGAUGAGAUUAAGGAUGAUGGCACAACGGCAUCCAAGACUUUUGUCAACACCGCGUCGAUUAUAGAGGCUGAGGAGGCAGAGGAGAUAGGAGUGGAGCACCUGCUGCGCGACAUCCGGGACGUCGCGGCCGGCUCCCUGUCAACACGGGUGACGAACCAGCUGCAGUCCCUCCAGGGCCUGCACAUCCGGCUGCAGAAUAUUCAGGCCUACCUGCAAAAGGUCCUCGACAAGAAGCUGCCUGUGAACCACAUCAUCCUGGGCAACCUACAGGACGUCUUCAACCUGCUGCCGAACCUCUCGACGCCUACCAAGGGCAAGGGCGAGAGCGAGUUGAGCUACGCGCUGAGCAUCAAGACGAACGACCAGCUCAUGGCCAUCUACCUGUCAAGCCUGAUUAGGGCGAUCACAGCAUUCCACGAUCUCAUCGAGAACAAGAUCCAGAACAGGCAGCAGGCCGAAGAGAUAGAGGCUGCCAAGAAGGAGGACGAGGAGGCUGCGGCAACGGAAGGGGACAAGGCGCAAGCCGGGUUCCGGGAAGAAGGAUGA